UAUCCCGUAUAUUGCGUUCCAGUUUUCCUGUUGUCGCUGUUGGUUGCCCACGGACAUGGACAGCGACUAUGACCAUUUGGAAUUUUCGGAACGAUCACUACGAAUGGCAUUCAUUCGAAAAGUCUAUGCCAUACUGGGUGUGCAGCUGGUUAUCACAACGGCUGUGGUGCUGAUGUUCAGCUACAUUGAUGGCAUUCAUGACUAUGUAGUGGAUCACCCAUGGGUAUUGUAUACAUCUAUAGCUGUGGCAUUCAUCUUGAUUAUUGUUUUAGUUUGUGCAACAAACCUAAGGAGAACUGUGCCUUGGAAUUAUGUGUGCCUUCUCCUAUUUACCGUAGCACAAUCUGUAGCAGUCGGUGUUGUUUCCAGCAUGUACGCUCGUGAAGCAGUUUGCACAGCAAUUGGACUUUGUGCAGCUAUUACUAUUGCUCUGAGUAUCUUUGCACUCAACACAAAGAUUGAUUUUACUGUAUGCAGUGGAUUUCUAUUCGUGUCACUCAUCGUACUGUUACUGUUUGGAAUAUUUGCUGCAAUCUUUGCAACACAGAAGAAUCUGGAAAUUCUUAAUCUUGUGUAUGCAUCUUUUGGAGCACUUAUCUUUGGCUUGUAUAUUGUGUUUGACACUCAACUGAUGAUGGGAGGCAAGCAUCGCUACUCUAUUUCUCCUGAAGAGUAUGUGUUUGCUGCUCUGAACCUUUACUUGGACAUCAUCAAUCUCUUUCUGAUGAUUCUUGCUCUUGUUGGUGGUCGUCGUUGAGUGAUGAGAGAUGACAAUGUAGCAAUCAAUAGAAAUGCUGUUAUUGCGUGCCUAGAUGAGAUUUUAAUGAAUCUAUUAGAACUGACGUAGUUUCUCAAUUGAUUUUAGUGCUGCUCAGAGUGUGACUAUAAACAAUAGUUACGGAUUGUCAUUUCUCUGACAUUUUGAGAAAAAUGAACAGGUUGAAGGAAUUAAAUCAA